AUGGAGCCGUACCACAAAACAGUCGCCACCUCCAAAUCCCUCCGUCUCACAAGUUAGGACCUCUCCUGCCCAUCGCUCCAGCGAGCCCUUGCCUUGCUGGCCCUGACCCCUCCCUCCCUCUUUCUCCUUGGUUGCCUUGUUCGUCUUCUCUCUUGCUUGCUGCAGAGUGGAGGCGAGAGAGAUUCCCUGAUCUGUUCUGUCCAUCGAGCCGGCCGGCCUGCCUGCCCUGCCUGCAAGAUUUGGUAGCGCGAAGAGGAAGAGGAGGGGAGACAGAUAGGAAAAGCGCAUCUUUUUUUAGUCUUCUCGUCUCAGCUUCGCGGUUGCUUCUUCUUGGAUCCCGAAGAGGAGCCCACCGGUUCCACCAAAACCCAAUCCUCUGCGCGCUCGAGAUCAAUCGAUUCCCAGAUCCGAAAGGCCUCCCCUCUCUCGCCGCGAGAUCGUAGGAAUCUGGGAGUGCGAUUCUAGCCAUCCAAUCCAAGGAAAGAUUUCACGAGGAAACGGAAGGGGAAAAGGGGUGAAUCAAUGGCUUUUGUGAGAGAGCGAGCGAUGGGGAGGUGGCGGAGAUGAGGGAUGCUAUCGGCUGCGAUGGAGUAUCUGAGAUCUUGCUGGGGCCCGGCGUCAUCGCCGGACGGGCGCUCCCGCAAGGGGGCGGAUGCGGCCGGCCGACAGGACGGGCUCCUGUGGUACAAGGACGCGGGGCAGCUCGUCGCCGGCGAGUUCUCUAUGGCCGUUGUCCAGGCCAAUAACCUGCUGGAGGACCACAGCCAGGUGGAAUCUGGGCCGCUGAGCACCACGGAUCCCGACCUGCAGGGCACCUUCGUCGGCGUCUAUGAUGGGCAUGGUGGUCCGGAGACGGCACGUUACAUCAAUGACCACCUCUUCAACCAUCUGAGGGGAUUUGCAUCUGAGCAAAAAUGCAUGUCAGUGGAAGUGAUUCGGAAGGCUUUCCGAGCGACUGAGGAAGGAUUUCUCUCUGUAGUUAGUAACCAAUGGUCAGUAAGGCCUCAACUAGCGGCUGUAGGAUCUUGCUGUCUAGUUGGUGUAAUUUGCGCUGGAACUCUUUAUGUUGCAAAUGUUGGGGACUCCCGUGCUAUUCUUGGGAGACUUGUCAAGGGAACUGGAGAGGUUCUGGCAAUGCAGCUCUCAGCUGAACAUAAUGCAUCAUUUGAGGAGGUUAGGCGGGAGAUGCAUGCAAUGCAUCCUGAUGAUCCCCACAUUGUGGUCCUGAAGCACAAUGUUUGGCGUGUGAAGGGUAUUAUUCAGAUAACAAGGUCCAUCGGAGAUGUGUAUCUGAAGAGACCAGAGUUCAACAGGGAACCUUUGCAUAGCAAGUUUCGACUUCCAGAAACUUUCCGGAGACCACUUCUUAGUUCUGAGCCAGCAAUUACUGUGCAUCAAAUACAGUUAACUGAUCAGUUCAUCAUUUUUGCAUCUGAUGGACUCUGGGAGCAUCUUAGUAACCAGAAAGCAGUUGAGCUAGUCCACAGUAGCCCUCGCAAUGGGAUUGCACGAAGGCUAGUGAAGGCUGCAAUGCAGGAGGCAGCAAAGAAGAGAGAGAUGCGUUAUUCGGACCUCAAGAAAAUCGACCGUGGGGUAAGGCGCCAUUUCCACGACGACAUAACCGUUGUUGUGGUAUUUUUCGAUUCAAAUGCCGUGGCUGCAGACAACUGGAGCAGACCUACGGUUUCUCUCCGAGGUGGCGGCGUAACCCUCCCUGCAAAUUCCCUUGCUCCAUUCUCAGUUCCAAGCUCUUUCUGAAGUCGUUCUGCUGUCGAGGAGACCAAAACCAAAGAAGAAAAGAAGAGCAGCAGCCGCAGUCAACUGUAGCGUGUUUCCUCUCGAGUUCUUGCAAAAACAUUUUAGAUUCAACCUGGUUACUAGUGUACUGAUAGCAAGGUAUAAGAUUAGAUUAUUCUUAGUGUACAUUCUCUGGACUGUCUUGUGGUAAUAGUUCAUCUCAUCACCGGUUCUUUUUGUUUAGCUCCUUACAGAGUGAUGUUUAUCUUGCCAUCUCAAGGCUGAUCAUGGACAUGUAGCAGGUUGCUUUCUUGAUGCUUAAUCUGCUGAGAUCAUAUCAACAUGAUCUCCAAAAUUAUUCUA